AAAUAAAUUUGGAUCACGUGCCCAAUGAUGAAGGUCCGGCUUAGUAUUAAUCGAGCUGAGAGGGAGCGUUGCACGAGACAUCGCAAGCGGUUGUACGGAAACCCCGCGCUUCUACCUGUGACGUAUCGAAAUGCGGGACACGACAGGAAAUGGACAAUACAAGGCGGAAACAAAAAAAAAAAAGAAAAAUCAAUUUCAACGGUCAGUCCGUUAAACGAAAAAAACCACUCUUUGGUUCAAUCGCUCGCCCUUUCCGCUUCUUCCCUCCUUUCCCGCACCAUCCGAAGAAGUGAGAGAAAACCCAAAAACAUUCUCUGCUUUGUCCGACGAUGAUCGACAGAACGAGUUGUCAUCUUCCGUCUCUGCCGUGAUUACGUCCAUCCGCGAUGUGGAGUAGAACAGGAGAUUAAUUCGUUGGUCAACCGAUACUUUUUUCGUUCUUUUCAGAUUUUAAUUGAUUGAUGAGCAAGGAGCAGCAUAGCGGAGUCAUGAAGGCUUGGGAGGCCACGCUGCGCAAGACCCAGGCCGCGAAGAAGCGGGCCAACAGCAUCUUCGGGACCAUGUCGGUGGCCCCGCACGCCGACGACGAGGAGGAUGAAGACCCCUCCACGGCCUCCACUGGUGAGAUCUACCACGCGGAGCGGUUCCUACCCAACGGGGACAUAUAUACUGGGCAGUGGUACGACAACUUCCCCCACGGACAUGGAAAGUACCUCUGGACGGACGGGUGCAUGUAUGUCGGGGAAUGGUACAGGGGGAAGGCAAUGGGACGGGGCCGGUUCAGCUGGCCCUCUGGCUCAGUCUAUGACGGCGAGUUCAAGAGUAACUACAUGGAUGGGAAGGGGACCUAUGCGGGACGUGGCGGGGACACGUACCGGGGACAGUGGAUCAUGAACCUCAAGCAUGGACACGGCUACAAGACUUGUGCCAACGGGGAUGAGUAUGAAGGCGACUGGCGAAGGGGACUCCAGGAAGGGAACGGGCGGUACAAAUGGAAGAACGGGGAUUACUACGUCGGCGAGUGGAAGAACGGGGCGAUUUGCGGGAGGGGGACCUUCUUCUGGGCCAGUACGGGGAACCGGUAUGACGGGUAUUGGGAGGACGGGCUGCCCAAGGGAAAUGGCACGUUCCUAUGGUCCGAUGGGAGCUUCUACAUGGGGAACUGGAGCAAGGACCCUGAGGAACGGAGCGGCAGUUACUACCCGUCAGGGUCGUCCCUGAUGGACGGAAAUAACCCAGAGUGGGAUCCGCAGCAGGUGUUCGAGGAACUGUCCAAGUACGUGAUCUGCCCCGGGGAGAAGGUUCCCAUGCUCCCGUCCCAGAAGAAGCUUGCCAUGUGGAGGUCGAGCAAAGCCGGGGAUCCCAAACCCAGGAGGAUGUCUGUGGAUGGGAGGGUGAGCGUCGGGGUGGAGAGGACAGUCGACCGGAUGAAGAUGUUUGAGAGCGAUGGAGAUUUUGGCGGGAACGUGCUCAGGGAAGGAGGGAGGGACUUGGAUGCGGAUCUGUUGAGGUUGGAGAUGGAGGACUGCGGGAAUUUGCCGACUCCGGGAGUCGGGCAGCAGUUGAGGAUACCGAAGAAUGUGAAGAAACAGGGGGAAACCAUAUACAAGGGGCAUAAGAAUUACGAGUUGAUGCUUAACUUGCAGUUAGGAAUAAGGCACUCGGUGGGAAGAGCUCCACCCCCAGACAAUCUCGAUCUCAAGGCUUCAGCGUUCGAUGUCAAGGAAAAGAUUUGGACGAGGUUUCCUCCAGAAGGAAGCAAGUACACCCCACCUCAUCAAUCCUGCGACUUCAAAUGGAAGGACUACUGCCCUCAAGUUUUCAGGACCCUGAGGAAGUUGUUCAAGGUGGAUCCCGCAGACUACAUGCUGUCAAUAUGCGGGAACAAUGCCCUUCGAGAGCUCUCCUCUCCUGGUAAAAGUGGGAGCUUCUUCUAUCUGACCCACGAUGACCGGUAUAUGAUCAAGACAAUGAAAAAGUCCGAAGCAAAGGUGCUUCUAAGGAUGCUUUCAGCUUACUACAAUCACGUACGAGCCUUUGAAAAUACUCUCGUGAUAAAGUUCUAUGGACUGCACUGUGUGAAGCUAACCGGGCCAGCCCAGAAGAAGGUGCGGUUCAUUAUCAUGGGGAAUCUCUUCUGUUCUGAGUAUACCGUCCACAGGCGUUUCGAUCUGAAAGGGUCGUCCCUAGGCCGCACAACUGACAAGCCAGAGUCAGAGAUUGACGGAAAUACAAUUCUCAAAGAUCUUGACCUCAACUUUAUAUUCCGGCUUCAGAAACCGUUCUUUCAGCAGUUUUGCAGGCAAAUAGAUAGGGACUGCGAGUUUCUUGAACAGGAGAGGAUUAUGGACUACAGUCUCUUGGUCGGUCUUUAUUUCCGGGAAACAUCAGUUGCAGGCUAUCUAAUUCCAUCGGGAGCUCGCACUCCUACUGGUGACCCUGAUGAUGAAGGAGCUCCGCGUCUCUCGCGAGCAGAUGUGGACCAGCUUCUUAAUGAUCCGUGCAGGUGGGCCAGCAUCAGACUCGGGGUGAACAUGCCGGCUCGAGUAGAGAGGACCCUGCGAAGGAGCGGGUGUGAGCUUCAGCUCGUGGGGGAGCCCACCGGGGAGUUCUACGAUGUGGUCAUGUUCUUCGGGAUCAUAGACAUCCUGCAAGACUACGACAUCAGCAAGAAGCUCGAGCAUGCCUACAAGUCCAUCCAAUACGACCCUACAUCAAUCUCGGCUGUCGACCCCCGGCAGUACUCGAGGCGAUUUCGCGAUUUCAUCUUCAAGAUCUUCGUCGAGGAUGCUUAACCUCUCCGCUUCGCUGCAUCAGUGAUGCACCUUCGCAUUGUGAUGCUAAUAAUUGUUGCCCGACCGUCGAUGUAUAUCUUACUGCGGACCAGCGCCGGCGUUUGCAGCAUCCUCUGCAGAUGAAGAUGAUUUUAUCUCUGUAAAAAUAUGUGUUGUAUGUAGGAAGAUGCAAUCCACAUGUAAUUUCAUAUGUUAUUGAUUUCAUUCUUUAGUUCUAUGAGAAAUAGAGAGGGGUGAGUGAGGGUGAUUUACAUAUAUAAAUAUAAAGGUGGGAUUUUGGGAUUCAUAUGUCAAACUCAGAUGGACUGUAUAGAAAGGAUACGUAUACGGUAUGCUGCAUAUACUUCUCUUAAA